AAUCUACUCAAAAAAGCAACGACUGUUAUUUGUUCUGUUUAAGAACAUUCAGAAGUUGAUUAAAAGAUUAUCCAUCUCUGUCUUGACUCUAAGUGUUAGAUUUCCAAUGAAAGGCAUUGUGUGGUCUAUGUCUUGGAGAGGAGCAUUAUGGUCAUAAAUCAAUCAAUCUAUCUACUUUGGACACUCUGAUUAAGAAUGAAUGUAAUCGAGAAAUCAAGCAAUACAAUUAGAAGAACAAAGAGUUGACAGAUUCUAUUUAGAUGAGCAUAAAUGCAAUUCUGAACAAAGUUAGAUUACUUCAAGAUCAGAUAUCAUAGUAUGCUAAUUAGGAGAUGUAGGAGAGUAAGGUAGGCAUAUUAAAACGGAAAUACAUUGACUAGCCAAAUCUAACAGAAAAAGAUUAUGAAUAAUUAGCAAAAGAUGUUUGUGCUAUUAUCCAUUACAAUAAUGGUAUACCUGACUUUAAACCAAUCGAUUAUGAACCAAAUGAUAAAUUUUAGGGUCUUGCAUAAAAGUUGAUUUUUGAUGCAACCCUCUUUUGCAAAGAUAUCUCUCUUAUUACAAAAUCUAGCAUUGUUCACUAAAGCUUUACAGAACAAAUACAGGAUUUGUUGUAUUAGAUUAAUAGCAUAACUAAUUUGAUUGAGAAACCAUUGAGUUAUUUGAUGCAAAGUCGUCGAAUCUUUCCAAAUGAUAAAAGUGAAACUUAAUCUAUGCAAAGAAUCGAUUUCGAUUAAUAGAGUGUAAUCGGUACAAUGAAUCAGUCACCCUUUUGCAUUUAGAAAUAAGUUAGGUUCAGUACUUUAGAAAUGAAAGGGUUUACUAAAGUCUAUGACGAAUUAUUCAACAAGCCAUUCACUUAGACACAUAUCGAAUUGAUAAAGCAAAGAUGCACUGCUUAAUCUUAAAUAUGCAUCGGAGGAGUCAGUGUAAAUGAUCCAGAUUAAUUUAUAUUAUGUGCAACCGAUUAUGCAUCGGAGUUUUACACUGAAAACCUAAGACUUAAAGCUGGCUAGGAGGAGUCGUAAUGGGGAAAUAUAUUGGGUAUUAUGGUUCGGAAUCGCUCAAAGUGGAUUUAAAGAUAUCCAGAUGUGGAUAAUGAAGAGGGUGAUUAAAGGUUCUCUUUGUGGUUGUUUCAUGGAUAGGGAGGGUAUAGAAUUGGAAGAUUAGAGAGUUUAGAAUAAAGCGUUGAAUAUAAAUGUGUGAUUUAUUUAAAGAAAUGA